UAUACUUGAAAGUCAAUUCGCUGUUUCAAAGUAGUAAAGCGUUGUAGUGAUCACUUUCAGUUUGAACUAUGAGGCGGCCAAAUUGAAAAAUUCAGUUUUGUUUUGAUUGAAAAGCGAAUGACACAUGGAUAUUUUCAGGAAUAAGAAGAGAACAGUUUUGUCAGUAGCAGAUGAACAUUCACAGUCUCCAAAGAGCCACAAAAAGAAAAAAGAUGGAUCUUCCAAAGUAUUGGCAGCAAAAACGAAGAAUGAACUACAAUAUCAGUACAGUGAUGAAGAGUUUGUGUGCAGUUCAUCAGACUCGCAGCCAAGCAGUGAGGAGGAGACAGAUUCCUCCGGGGAUGACAUGAAUCAGGCCAGUCAGACACAGCGGACUCUGGCGCGCCGACUCACGCGUAGGGAAAAACAACGUGAGGAGCUCAUCAGGAAAAAGAAGGAACAAAACAAGAUAUCAAUGGAUGACUUCCUAAACAAACAAGUCGAAUUUCACACCUGGAUAGAGGAGGAGAAACACAAGCUUUACAAUCAGAUAUCAUCUCCCAAGAAGAAAGUUUACUUCAAGACAUUUAUGAAGCUCUGGAACAAAAGAAAAUUGUCACAGAAAUAUUACCGAGGGUCUGAGGAGAUCCAGAGUCCCCACCUGUCACAGAACACUGGAAACUUCAAUGUGUUUGAUGAGCCUGAUGAAUUCUCACACCUCACUGCCAUCAAACGACCCAAGUCAAAGCGACUUUCUGUGGAGAAUGGCGGAUUCCUGGAUUCUCCUUUCUCUACAUUUGGAAAGACACCUCCAAAACUCCAGCAUCAAAUCAGUGACAAGGAGAACUCUACACCUGUUAGACCAGUACGUACGUUUGCCUCUCCGACACUUAGAACCAUUAAGAACAGCCAUGUGUCACCUAUUUUGGAGUUGAGCGAGUACCAGAUCCCCCUCAACUCUGUCCGUGUUCCAUCACUCAGUAGUAACGAGGACAUCAACUGUGCUGCUAACAGCAGGCUCAUCCACCCUUAUUCAGUGAUGCCAUUACCAUGGGUUACAGACAGUGACACGUCAUCUGUCAAAUCAGAAAUAACUGAUGAUGAAGAUCACUCUAAGAUGACCCAACCUGUGACUUCUGUAGUGUAUGCUCUGCCGCGUAAAAUUCCGACAAAGAAAGCCAUUGUACAAGAGAAAAAGUCCUCCCAGCCUCCUCCUGUUCCUCCUAAGCCUCGUUCUGGAUUAGUAAACUAUAGCUCCUCUGUGGACUCAAACUCUGGCUACAAUGUCAUAUACCCCCGGUCAGCUCCUGACUCAGUCAGUAUAGGAUCUGGCCAGUCUGGAGUUGGACAUAGACCUAUGGUGGAUUGCCGAAGCAACAGGUCAUCACUGUCUGAUCCUGGUCAGAGAAAUGUAUACCAAUCUUUGGACUCCAUCAGCUUGAACUCCGUAGAAUCAGAUCCUGGAUACAGAGUUAUCCCUCCUUGUCCUGCUACAGAUGACCACAGCACCAAAUCUAUGUCUUGUUCUAGUUCUGUUAUAGAGAGUGAUGAGGACCUGCCGUUGCCCCCACCCCCGGAAAUACCAUCCCUGCUCCUGGAUUACACACAGUCAGACCUACCUCCUCCUCCAGACUCCUUGUUACCAGACAUCUCCAAGUGUAAUACCCAGGACUUUCCAAGUGUUCCCAUAAAGAUCAUAGAUAGUUCUCUUAAGGAUCAGGUUACUGAUGUUUCAAACAAUAAGGUAAAGAAACCUGUAGAUCAGAAAAGUGAUGAUACAAAGUCAAUGAGCGGAAGGUUUGCUGAAAGUCACACCACUAACUCUGUAGCUCACCAACCCAUCAUAACGAACCUACAAUCCUCAUCAGUUGUAAGUCCACAGAAGGGCAGUCUGGGAUGGUGCCGUGCAGUGACAGCCAAACCCUUUACAGCUCUCACGCGUACAGUGUCCAAAGUCACACUCCUACAAGGCCCUGACAGUGACCCCUACAAUAGCCUUCCACUGCAGGAUCGACAGCCACAGCAAAGGGAGGUAAACAUUUAUCACCGAAGUGGAAUCACAAGCUGUGAUGUUAGGACUGAUAUGACUGAAAGUGUUACCUUUGGUAAUGGUUGCCUGAAACUAGAUGUUCUAAGGAAGGGGACACCAGGUGUCAAACCUGUUAUAUGUGACAGUAUCACUGCUGAUAAGUUUGAAAUGUCGACGCACAGUCAUAAGGAAGGAGAGAAAACAUAUGUAAGGAAGGAGUCCAUUGCUAAUCAGGACAGCCCUGGUACCACAGGAGCAGAGACAGUAGACAAAGUUAUGUCCCCUAGGUAUGUGGAAUUUGACCCUAUCAGAAAAACAACUGUAGAGGCUGUACCCUCUAGGCAGAACAACCAUGGUACCGCUAACAUAGACACUGGUGACGAAGUUGUGUCCCCUGGGUAUGUGGAACUUGAUGCUUCCAGAAAUACAAAUGAAGGAAUGGUGUCUUCUAGGCAGGACAGCCCUGGCACCACAGAGACUGGUGACAGAGUUGUGUCCCCUGGGUAUGUGGCGUUAGACAGCAUUAAGUCCAUGAAUCCUAUCAUUUCUUCAGAUGCCAGUAGAACUGCUGUCUCUCAUUUACCUAUGUAUGCAGUACCUAAGGAAGUGUGUCUGUCCUCACUCCCCACACACACCAGUGCUGCUAAGGUUUGGGGUAGUGUAGGAACAGUGUCCAGUGUGUCUGACUACAUGAGUAUGGAUGUUAGGAGUCAGGAGGUUGAAAACACUCCAGGGUUUACCGGUAACAUACUCAAAGAACCUGACGUGGAAAUCAGUCCUAACGUGACAACCAGACGGGGAAGACGACGGAAGACACUUAGGCAAGGCAGCACUGUUGCAAUGGAAAGCUGCCCUACCCUGGAGGAACUCAAUUUAUCCAGAGACAUCCAGGACAGAGAAUUGGUUGACAAGUUACAGGAAGAGGAAUCUGUGUUUCAAACCAAAGACUGUACUUUACAAAUAGAGAACCACAUGUUUACACAUCUCAACAAUAGACAUCAUUCAGACAAAUCAGAUUUUAUUAUAGAAACACAUUCCAGUAGCUUUGGUAUAGAUUCCUCUAAUGAUGCAAAACAACAAUUCUAUAAAGAACAAUUACAGGGGUCACUUAGUACAGACCCACAACCACCAAUGUCACUUAGUACAGGGCAAGAACCACCGAGCUCUCUUAGUACAGACCAGCAACCAGCGUGGUCACUUAGUACAGACCAGCAACCAGCGUUGUCACUAAGUACAGACCAGCAACCAGCAAGGUCUCUUAGUACAGACCAGCAGCCACCGAUGUCACCUAGUACAAACCAGCAACCAGCGAGGUUUCUAAGUACAGACCAGCAACCAGCAGGGCUACUUAGUACCAACAAGCAACCAGCAAGGCUACUUAGUACUAACCAGCAACCCCCAAGGUGUCUUAGUACAGAUGAGCAACCAGCAAGCUUACUUAGUACAGACCAGCAGCCACUGAUGUCACCUAGUACAGACCAGCAACCAAUGAGGUCUCUUAGUACAGACCAGCAGCCACCGAUGUCACCUAGUACAGACCAGCAACCAGCGAGGUUUCUUAGUACAGACCAGCAACCAGCGAGGUUACUUAGUACAGACCAGCAACCAACAAGGUUACUUAGUACAGACCAGCAACCAGUGAGGUCACUUAGUACAGACCAGCAACCAGCGAGGUUACUUAGUACAGACCAGCAACCAGCGAGAUUACUUAGUACAGAACAGCAACCUCCAAGGUCUCUUAGGACAGACAAUCAACCAGCUGAUUCAUCUAGAAUUAAUCAUACAGCAAUUCAUUCUACAAGCAAAAUGAAAACUGCCAGUAGUGUGUUUCCAGAUAGUAUAGAAGAGGCGAUCUCAUAUUGUAAGGUCACCAGCUCAGUCUCCUCUCCUGUGGUGGCUCAGUGUAACUUAAACCCUAUACACAUAUUUGAUCCACGAAGUAAAAAAGGUCAUGUCAGAAAUGCCUCUAUAUCAGCACCUAAAUGGGCUUCAAGCUGUGUACAGACUGCACACUAUCCUGAUCAUCCACCAAGUAAAAGUGUCAGAAAUCCCUCAGUAUCAGCUCCUAAGUUUGUUCCUGAUAAUGGAAAACCUCUACACAAUGCUCAUCCACCUGUUAAAAGUGUUCAUCUGAGAAAUCCCUCAUUGUCAGCUUCACAACAGAUGACACCUUGUUCUCUAACUGUUCUCACUCAAAGUCCACGAAAAAUACAGAAUUUCCGCAAUCGCAUACCAUCCAAAAAAAAUCCUGUAGCAAAUGGGGACAAAAAGCCAGACAAUCAGAUUUGCCACUUUCCUCAGGCACCAGGUGCUCCAAAACAAGCCAGCACGGUGAACUCACAGACUGUCUGUAGAGGGAAUGUUGUGGAGGAUAGGAUGGAAAUGUUAGAGACAGACAUUGAUAAUGUCCCAAUCACUACCCAGGGCUCACCUGAUACACAAGUAGUGGAGAAAUCCAGUCUACAGAGAGUAGAGUCUUCUGAGACCAUCAUUUGGUAGUGAAUAGUGGAAGUCUGUACUGGUAUCAUGGUCAGAAUUGUAGUCUACUGUAGCUUAUAACAUGUAAUAGAAAUGAGACUAAAUAUACUUUUAUGAUAACUUGUUUAUAGUGUCUUUGGUGCUUUAUAUUCACUUGUAAUGUUGUCUAGUUAUAGGGAGUGUUGUACCUCGAUACUCAGGGGUCACGCGCACUUCUUUUAUCAACAAGAGUAGCUAGACUGGAUGGUACCGGAUCGUAACUCUUGGUUAGCGAAGAUGGUUGUACCUAUACUAUUUAACAUAAAACACUUAAACAGCCACUAGGGUUGAACAUUUCUAGUGAUGCUGGGAUCAGGACCUUGUGGUUGUCCCUUCUCAGUAUAAAUACUAUGUUGUUAUACUCAUUGAUUUUCGCUCAGUAUGUUAUACAUGGCUUAUUCUCCUGUUUUUAUACGACCGUCAAAUUUGACGGUAGUAUUAUGGUAUGGCGUUGUCCGUCUGUCCGUCUGGCAUAAC